AUGGCUAAGGGAAGAACUGUCGUCCUCCAACACUUUCUUGCCUUCUAUCUUAGAAGAAGGAAGCUUUUCACUAGAUCUGCCUGUAUUCUUAUUUUGUAUUUUACAUUCAACUCCGGUUCCUCUUCGAAAAGACGCAGAAAACAUGGAGUGAGCAACAAAAACAAGAGAUAUCUUUCGGCAGAUGUCUGCACUUUUAAGAAUCCUUUUACUAGACUUGUUUAUAAGUUGAAACAUUCCCCUACAGUAUUACUGUUCUCUAGAUUAGCCUUUGCAAAACGCAAAAACACCUCAAAGAUCCUAUCCUACUUUGGUGCUCAGAUGGCCCUUUUAGUUGCCAAAGCAAUAUUUACCUUGAAAGAGGCUUCGUUGGACGGCGCCUUAGUUUCCUCUAUGGUUUCGAAAGAGUUCCGUCAGUUCUUCAAGUUCUUGGCUUUUUGGCUGUUAUUGGGUAUUCCCUCUUCAAUUACCAGUUCUCUAAUCAAGAAAUGUCAGGGAAUGUUGGCAGAAUCCAUCAGGGAAAGCAUUACUGAGUCUAUACUUGAUGACUACUUACCUGAUUCUGGUAACAGUACUCUCUAUCAAAUGGUUAACCAAUCACGGGUAGCAGAUACCUCGACAUCAUCUGUUUUGUCUUCAAAAUCUGCAUCUACUUCUCCAGAUAGAAGCCGUUCUCAUAGUCUCACUGAUGUCACCAAUCCCAACAAUAUCAUUACCACCACGGUGGAAGAACUCUCCCAGUCUAUGGCCAUUCUUCCAUUCCAGUUAUUUGAUCCAAUACUAGAUAUUAUGUUGGCUGGAAAUAGACUCAGCGAGGUCAGCAAAUACGCUUCAGAAGGCAGUUUACUCUUAGGGGUUGUUGCCAAUAUUUCCACUCUACUUCUUAAAGUCUUCACUCCCAACUUUGCAGCUCUAUCAAGUACUCACAACACUUUGGAGAAUAUGUUCCAUACGUAUCACUCUCAAAUAAUUGAUCACAGAGAAGAGAUAGCUCUUUCCAGAGGUCAUAGGCGGGAAUUGGAUAUGCUAGAUGCCAGUUAUUUCGAAUCUGAACGUUUCCAAAGACUCGAAAUGCGUAGAAUGGCCGUUUACAACUUUGCUGUUGGAUUCAUCUUUAAGUAUGGGCUCGGUGCAUUUGGUCUCAUGCUUUGUUCUUUCCCUGUGUUUACCACUGCCUAUCUGGCCAACUUCCAGAUAGAGAGAAAACUGGUUGCCAAGCUAGCUUCCGAUUUCUUUGCCAAUCGUCGCCUUCUUAUGUCCGCCUCAGAUUCCUUAGGUAGACUAAUACUGUCAAAAAAGACUAUUAACAAUUCUAUAGGCUACAGUACAUCACUAUGGGAGUUUGAUUCCAUCUUAAAAGACAUUAAUAAUGCAUCCAAGAAUGUUUUAGAUGAUCAUAAUGAUGACAGAUUAAUUUCUGGCCCUAAUGUCUCUUAUGGCAACGAGAUCUCAUUUGUUCAUGUUCCAUUGGUGACACCUUCUGGAAAUGUGUUGGCAGAGGAUCUCAAUUUCUCUAUCAAGCCUGGUCAAAAUAUGUUAGUGAUCGGCCCGAACGGAUGCGGUAAGUCCUCGUUAUUUAGGAUCUUGGGUGGAUUGUGGGAAGUUCUCGACCCCGGAAAGGUGACCGUGCCUUCGUCGAGAAGAGAUCUUUUCUAUUUGCCUCAAAGAAGUUAUCUUACUUACGGAUCACUUCGAGAACAGAUCCUAUAUCCAGAUUCGAUGGAUGAUUACAGACUGAAGUUGGUAGCUACAAAGAAAUCUAUGGGUUCAGUGGUCAAAGACGAUAAUUACCUUAUUGAUUUGUUACAGUUGGUUCAUUUAGAAUAUCUUCUAGGUCAAAAUGAGGAUGAAGAUAGUAAAGAAGAAGACACAGAUGAUGAUGAUAUUGAGACCUAUAGUAUUGGAAGUAGUACUGGAGAUACUGAGAAACUCUCUGGAUUAGAUGCUGUUAAGAAAUGGCCCGAUCUUUUAUCUGUUGGUGAGCAGCAGAGGCUUGCUCUGGCUCGCUUGUAUUACCACCAACCCAAGUUUGCUGUUUUAGAUGAAUGUACAUCGUCGAUUUCACCGGAUCUUGAAAAAGAAUGCUAUAGAAUGGCCAUUGAGAGGUUUGGAAUUACCGUUCUUAGUGUUUGUCACAGGACCAGUCUCUGGCAGUUCCAUUCUUAUAUACUCAAGUUCAAUAGACAGGAUGAUGUAGCAGCUGCCACUACAAUAUUCACAAAGUUUGAUCCUGAUAAAAGGUUGAAGAGACACCAGGAGUUAAUUGAGGUGGAAGCGGCUUUGAAGAAAGACGACGACUUGACGACGAGACUAGAGUCUUUGAAAAAGAUGCAACUUCGGGGAGGCAGACGUGCCAAAUUAAUGUACAUUGGAGAUGACUGA